AUCUCUUCCGAUUGUUCGUUAAUGAUUAAUGAUUAACCAGAUGAUUAGUUAAUUGACUUAAAUCCAUCGUUAUAUUAACUUUAAUUGUCAACAUUUAUCUCAAUUAUGGUUUCGCUAUCAGAAUAUCAAUGAAAUCAUAUUUUCUCCUGUUAUUAGAACCCUAAGUAGGUUAUUCGUUUAUUUAAUUAUUAGAUAGUUAAUCUUUUGAUAGAAAGCCAGAUUCUAAAUUGUAACAAUCGAAAAGGGAAAUUAAUAAAUUGCGAUUGAUUGAAAAUCUUUUUCAAUUUCACAUUUGGCGCUUUUUUCAAUCUCUUUAAUAAUAUCAACACAUGUGAGAAAAUGUUGCUUUUAUUUUGGUCUCUUGAUUAACUUAAUUGUUGUUUUUUCGUUUAAUUGUUAUUAAUUUUUCGUUUAAUUUCUAUUCAUUUUUGUUUAUUCUUUUUUAAUUACUCUGUCUCUACAUCGAGUGUUGCAUUUCUCUACAUUUGGAACUGUGUUGUCUAUUCAGAUAAAGACUUUGGUUUUUUUGUUUCUUCCUCAAGAUUAAGAUAGCAAAUGGAUUUUGAUAAAUCAGCAUACGUUUUGUACCAUAGCGCUCAAACUGGAUUUCCUUGCUUAAGUUUUGAUAUAAUUCCUGAUGGUGAUGGUUCGGGUGAUGAAAGAUUAUCACAGAAUAAUGUGUCCACCUUCUUGGUAACUGGAACUCAAGCACCAAGUGCUCAUCUUAAUACGAUUCAUGUUAUUCAUUUGAGUCGAAUGACAAAAUUUAAGCAUAAGAAAGACGAAGAAGAGGAAAGUGAUGAAGAUUCUGAAAGUAGCAGUGAUGAAGAUGAAGAAGGUGGUGGUGGUAGUGGUUCCUCAGAUUCACCAUUACUUCAAUCAGCUGAAACCCACCCGUGGGGAGGAAUUAAUCGUAUUAGACAUUGUCAGGUUGCCUCGAAUAUAUUAGCUGCAUCUUGGUGUGAUUCAGGUCGUGUUAGAAUAUGGAAUCUAAAUAAACAAAUUCAAGAGCUUAAGAACUCAUUUUUUAACAAAAGUGAAGCUGCACCUCCUCUUUAUACGUUUAGUGGUCAUCAAGUUGAAGGUUUUGCAAUCGACUGGUCAAAUGUAUCUAAAGGUUUUCUGGCCACUGGCGAUUGUGCCAAAAAUAUUCACCUAUGGACUCCCAAUGAUGAAGGUAGUUGGCAUGUUGACCAAACCCCUUUAAUUGGACACACUAAAUCCGUUGAAGAUAUCCAAUGGUCACCAACGGAGCCCAAUGUACUUGCUUCGUGUUCCGUUGAUAAAUCAAUCCGUAUUUGGGACACUCGAGUGAGAAACCUUUCUUCCUGUAUGAUCGCAAUUGAAGACGCUCACGAAUCAGAUGUAAACGUUAUAUCCUGGAACAAGUUAGAUACUUUCUUCCUACUCUCCGGAGGCGAUGAUGGAGCCAUCAAAGUUUGGGAUUUCCGGAAAUUUGCUAAUUCGUCCAAGGUUAACAAACCAGUCGCCAUGUUUAAGUAUCAUCUUGAGCCGAUCACUUCCGUUGAAUGGCAUCCAUCAGAUAAUACAGUUUUCGCUGCCUCCGGGGAAGAUCAUCAGAUCACUUUAUGGGAUCUUGCAGUUGAAAAGGAUGACGAUGAACAAAUGGAAGGUGAAGAAAGUGAAAAGAAAGAAGAAGAAGAUGAAGAAGAAGAUAAUGAUGAACAGGAGGAAGAUGAGGAAGAUAAUGAUGAUUUAAAGGCCGAGAAAAAUGCUCCACCGCAAUUGUUAUUCGUUCACCGAGGUCAGCGAGAUAUUAAAGAAUUACAUUUUCAUCCUCAAAUUCCUGGUCUAGUGAUUAGUACAGCAGCAAAUUCAUUUGAUAUUUUUAAAACAAUAUCAGUUUAAAGUCUAAUUGUUGUUCAUCAAGAACAAUUAGAUUUAAUUCAAUUUCAUCGGUUAAACUUGGACUCAAGAAAAGUUAACCCAACUUGAUCAACACUGAUUUGCCUUUUGCCCCUGAGAUUAACUUUGAUUGGCAAUUUAUUUUCUCACUCGCUCUCUGUACAAAUUAAAUGACAAACCCUAAGUAAAUGGUUAUUACAACCACAAUUAAACACACAAA